AUCGUAAAUCGGUCGUUACUUUCAUUUUGUAGACAUUUUGGUUUAUUUUCGAUCUGUUAUUUUAAAUAUAAAUAAAUAAAUGGAAGACGAGGCUCCUGUUAUAUAUGGUCUGGAGUUUCAGGCCCGUGCAUUAACUGCCCAAUCAGGUGAUAGUGAUCACAUCAGGUUCCUUGUUGGAACACAGUCUUUGCGAGCAGAGAACCAGGUUCAUCAUAUUGAUUUUGAUGAUGAAAACAAUCUUAUUAACAAGAACAUCUUUCUUCAUCGAGAGGGGGAAAUUUGGUAUAUUAGUGCGUCAACAUUCGACCAGUCUCUCUUGGCAACAUGCUAUAACCAUACAUCGGAUUUGAAGUCUGAAAUCAAGGCAGCAAUUUGGCAACUUCCUGAUGAUUUUGAUUCCAGUGCAAUAGUUGAUGACCAGUCUAAUUCACAUCAGCCACUGGAAUUAAAAUGUCAUCUAAGUCCUGUGGAAAAUGUUGAUGUCAAGAGUGUACUUUGGCACCCAACCGGUGAAUCUCAGACAGUGCUGGGGCUGACCGAUAAUCACAUCGUUCAGUGGGACCUUGAUGCUUCCUCCUCCAUGGCUAAGCUGUCAAGCUCAACACCACUGGAAGGUAGAGGUCAACCAAAAUUAACAUGUGGUCGAUGGAAUCCUCACCAUAAUUGUUCACAGAUAGUCACUGCUAAUGAUACAGCAAUACGAGGCUGGGAUAUGCGUUCUUGGCAACAAGUGUUUGUUAUAGAGAAUGCACACGGUCAACUAGUGCGUGAUCUGGACUUCAAUCCCAACAAGCAGUACUACCUAGCCAGCUGUGGGGACGACUGCAAGGUGAAGUUCUGGGACACUCGCAAGACCACAGAAUCUCUGAUGACACUGUCAGAACACUCGCACUGGGUGUGGUCAGUGCGUUACAACCAGUUUCAUGAUCAGCUGAUUCUGACAUCGAGCAGUGAUAGCCACGUCAUCCUCAACAACAUCGUAUCGUUGUCCUCGGAACCCUUUGGACAUCUGGUUGACAAGGACGACGACAGUGACAACGAUGGAGAUAGUUUACAAGACAGACCUGUGGACCCGCCCAAGGAUGGAGUGAUAGCUACGUAUGAGGAGCACGAGGACAGUGUGUAUGCCGUGACAUGGUCGACCGCCGACCCCUGGGUGUUUGGGUCACUCAGCUACGAUGGAAGACUUGUCAUCAACAGAGUGCCACGGGCAGAGAAAUACAAAAUACUGUUGUAGCAUUCAGGUUUCUUGGAAAAUCCUAUGUGAAUGACAGUAUUUUUCAAUUCAUUUGCUAAAAAGGUGCAAAAACAGUCUACAGUGGCAGGGAUUUUGAGACAAGAGGUUCCAUUUUGUGGUUAAAAGGGGCUCUGUAAUAAUUACAUCACAUAAAAUUGUCUGCCCCAGGUUGGGUCCCUGGCCUUCCCAGAGAUCGAACUCGGGGGGGGGGCAGACAUGCUCGAAACCUCUGUGGUAUAUGAGCACGUUCAAAAGUUACGCAACACAACAUAAAAUCAGACGAUUUAAAAAAUACUAAUUUGUGCAAACAUAAUACAUUUCAUAACCACCACUGUUAUGUAAGUGCUGAAGAACUCUAAAGUUUAAUAUCUAAGGAGAGUGUUUGGAAAAUUUCGUCCAAUGCAAAUGUGUGUAUAGUGAAUAUUCCAUAAAUGGAGGUAAUAUUCCAAAUGAUGCUUGCCAGUUACAGUGUCCUAUUAGGCUGCAAUGAUACUCUCGCAGGGACUGUAUAUUUAUGUGUGUAUGUGCACGUGGCCACAGACGAUCAAAAUUAUGAUUCUUAAUUUUGGGACACACUCAUGCACAUACUCUUUCUAAAUCAUGGUUCCUACUCACAUUUUAUGAGCAGUGUAUUGGAAGAAGUAAAUAAACAAACAGUUAAACUUGGAACUAAAAAGUUGGAUUUAGCUUGGUCGGUAGAGUGAUUGCUUGAGGUUAUAGAAUCAAAUUCCUUAGGUGGUUUUAUCUCAUCCCAAACAGUGCCACAUAACUGUUAUCAAAGGCCAUAGUAUGUGUGGUCAUCUUUCACUGCUAAUGGGAAAAUGUAACCCAUGAUUAAUUAAUCAAUGUGCUCAUGUGGCAUCAUUAAACAAAACAAACUUUAUUUUUAAACUGUGAAAUAUGUUUAACCUACUAAUGAAUUUCAAACUAUCCUCAAAGGGAGAUAAUUUUGACUGAACGUUUCUCAAUUUGAGUGUAAUGGUAGAAGUUGGGGGUAGAGGGGGACUUGAAUAUCGAUCAAUAGUUAAUCACUUGUGGUGUGGUAUACAAAUGGUUGUCAGAUAUAUUGUCUUUGGUUACAGGUUUAAUUGGGUGAGUGUUGUUAAGUUUCAGGAUGCAUGGAUGGUGUCCGAACUUUAUUGAAUUAAUAUUCAGUGUAUAAUAUUUAUUAAAAUGUGUUAAUUUUAAAUCCAACUUACAAUUGAACCAGCAUUCCAGUGUUAUGUAUGUGUUUUGUAUUUAUUUGUAAAUAUAAUAAAAAUAUUGAUUUUUGA